CAGCGUCCCGGUAGCUCAGCUGUCUCAGUCCAACCACCAGGCAGCCACUACUAAAACCGCCCCCUCCCCUGCCCUUCUCUCUCACUCAUCAUCCCUCUCCGUUCCCUGCUCUCUUGUCUCUUCGCAGGAGCAGCUCGAUCGAUCGAUCCCCACAACACUGCUACAUCUGGCUAGCUAGCUAGCAGCAAACGAGCCAAGAAAGCUCCAGUGUUCCGUACCAGCUCGCCAUUACCACCAUCGCUCUGGGCUUGCAAUGCCGGACGGGGAGGUGUCCAGCCCGGCGUCGUCCGGGGGCACGUCGUCCUCGCUGCCGCUGUUGCCGGUCGAGGCCGGGGCGAGGCGAGGUGGCGGCGGGGCGGAGAAGCGGGCGCGGGACCGGGACGGCGGCGAGAAGCACCCGUCGUACCGUGGCGUGCGGAUGCGGGCGUGGGGGAAGUGGGUGUCGGAGAUCCGGGAGCCACGGAAGAAGUCCCGCAUCUGGCUGGGCACGUUCCCGACCCCCGAGAUGGCGGCGCGCGCGCACGACGCCGCCGCGCUCGUCGUCAAGGGCCCAGCCGCCGUGCUCAACUUCCCGGAGAUGGCCGCCGCGCUCCCGCGCCCGGCCUCCGCCGCGGCGCGCGACGUCCAGGCCGCCGCGGCGCGCGCGGCUGCCAUGGAGCCCGCCCUGCCGCCUGAUGGAUCACCACCAGCAGCAGCUGCAGCCGCAUCAUUGCAGCCCGCCCCAGUGGCGGCGGCCGGGCAGCAGCAGGACGAGGAGCUGGAGGCGAUCGUGGAGCGCCCGCGGCUCGACGAGGACUGCGCGGAGCUCGUGACGACGACGGUGACGGCGUUCGGCGCCGCGCCCUUCUCGUUCCAGGACGUGGCGACCCCGGCGCCGUGGUGCGACCCGGUGUGGAUCGACGACUGCGCCGGCUACGCCGCGGCCGCGCACGACGACCUCUUCGGGCUCUUCGGGCUCGACGGCGGCGAUCACGGCUGCUGGGCCUCGUCCGUCGGCACCCUCCUGUGGAACCUGUGAUCGCCGGCCGGUCUUGCUAAUCAACAAAUCAGCAGCUAGUAGUACAGUGUGUAAUUAACUCCCGUUAAUCUCCUUAUUUCUCUCUCCUUCCCUGCAGAGAAUCUGUAGACAGAGAGUUGCAACUUGGUGGAGAGUAUUACCACCUCUCUAACAAAAAAAGUUGCAACUUGGUGCUUGCUCUGGGGGUUGAAUAGUGGUGUCCGCCGUGUCUCUCUUUCCGGCGUACGGUCUUUUCGCUGCCUUUUUGGUCGGUUUGGGGCUCAAUCUCGUCUUCUGAAUUUGUCUCUAUUUCUCUCUCCUUUUUUUUCUCUCAAUGGACGUACGCUACUAUUACCCUAUUAUUGGCCUGGUUAAUAAUAAUAAUGUAC